UGACGCUGGCGGGGCUGCCAGAUUCGAAGGACACAAUGAGUGAGUGACCGGACAACGUGGAGCGGAAUCUAGCUCGGCCAGGGCCCCGCGCGGCGUGGGGGCGCCCGGUGGGCCUCGGAUGAGGCGCCGGCUCGCCCCCAGGAUGGUGAGGCGGCGAGCGCUGAGGCGCUGCCUGCAGCUCUUAACGCCCUCGGCGGAGCCGGCGCGGCGGGGCCGGGGGCGGAGGAACCCGGGUGCUGGCCACCGUCGCCCCUUCCGCUGCGCUGGGGCGCUGUGUCCGGGGGCGCUGUGGCCCGUAGCCGAAGAGCAGCAGCAGAGGCGUCGGCGGCGCGCGCGCCUAACCGACCAUCGCGUCAGCUCUUCACGAAAGGACAUGGAUGAAAAUGAAAGCAACCAGUCCCUGAGGACAAGUUGCCAAUAUCCUAAAGAAGCAGUAAGAAAGCGCCAAAAUUCACGGAAUUCUGGAGGAAGUGAUUCUUCGAGGUUUUCCAGGAAGAGUUUCAAACUGGAUUACAGACUAGAAGAAGAUGUAACUAAAUCAAAGAAAGGAAAGGAUGGGAGAUUUGUUAACCCUUGGCCAACAUGGAAAAAUCCCUCUAUUCCAAAUGUUCUCAGAUGGCUGAUGAUGGAAAAAGAUCACAGCAGUGUUCCAUGCUCCAAAGAGGAGCUUGAUAAAGAACUCCCAGUGCUUAAGCCGUAUUUUAUCGAUGACCCUGAAGAAGCUGGAGUGAGGGAAGCUGGCUUAAGAGUCACGUGGCUGGGACACGCGACAGUGAUGGUGGAAAUGGAUGAGCUCAUCUUGCUCACGGAUCCCGUCUUCAGUGCUCGGGCCUCCCCGUCGCAGCGCGUGGGUCCCAAGAGGUUCCGUCGUCCCCCUUGCACCAUCGGUGAGCUGCCCCAGAUAGACGCGGUCCUCAUCAGCCACAACCACUACGACCACCUGGACUACAGUUCCGUCACUGCUCUGAACGAGCGAUUUGGUAACGAGCUGAGGUGGUUUGUGCCUUUGGGGCUCCUGGACUGGAUGCAGAAAUGUGGCUGUGAGAACGUGAUCGAGCUGGACUGGUGGGAGGAGAACUGCGUCCCCGGACACGACAAGGUGACGUUUGUGUUCACACCUUCCCAGCACUGGUGUAAGAGGACUCUGACGGAUGACAACAGGGUUCUCUGGGGCAGCUGGUCUGUCUUGGGGCCUUGGAACCGAUUUUUUUUCGCAGGAGACACUGGUUAUUGCUCUGCUUUUGAAGAGAUAGGAAAAAGAUUUGGACCUUUUGACCUUGCAGCUAUUCCCAUUGGAGCGUAUGAACCAAGGUGGUUUAUGAAAUACCAGCAUGUAGACCCAGAAGAGGCUGUAAAGAUUCACAUUGAUGUGCAGACAAAGAGAUCUGUGGCAAUUCACUGGGGAACUUUUGCCUUAGCAAAUGAGCAUUACUUAGAACCUCCAGUGAAACUGAGUGAGGCUCUAGAAAGAUAUGGACUUAAGACUGAAGAUUUUUUUGUCUUGAAGCAUGGAGAGUCAAGAUACCUUAAUACUGAUGAUGACAACUUUGAGUAAAUAUGAGCACAGGAGCUUUUAAUGAAAAAGGCAUCAUCUGAUAUAAAUCUAAAAAGACUAAGAAAUUCAUGAAUAUUACGAUUUUUUACAUUUGGAAACAACGUCUGCAGGUUUGUGUUCUAUGUUGUAACCUGCUUACUAAUAUGAUUGCCAGUUCUUAUAAACAGAGAAGAGUUCAGAGGUGGGUCAUUUAAAUAAUGAAGGCUAAUGUGGAUUUGAAGUCAUGUCUCAGUGACAUAAACAUUGCAAUGGAAUUUUUUUUUACUAAAGCAUUCUACUUUAGUGGUAGAGUUUUGAGAUUAUGAAAAACUGAUUUUAAAAACUCAUUUCUGUUCUUCUAUUCUUAGGGGCCUUCUGCAUGGUAAGUCAAGGCUGUCUGCCUACCUAGAUUUUCUCACAGGCCUGCACAUAGAAACAUAUUUCUUACAGUCAUGUUAGAGCAAAUGAUGACACUGAUUCCCCACAUGGUUAUAUGCCUAAUGUUAAGAGAUUUAUUUUUUUAAACAUAAAAACAUAGGAGUUUGGGCUAUGUUACCAUUUCUUUUAAAGAGAGGAAUAAUAUACUCUGUGGCAUAUCUACAAUCCCCAAAUCAAAAGCCCUCUGAGCUGGGCAGAGGAAGGGGAAGUGUGGUUAUGAGAACACGAUUUGUGAAAUGUUCUAUUUUUAAUCUAAAAGUCAGACCUGCUCAGCACAAAUAUAGCUGCAAGGAAAUAAUUUACAAAGAUAAAUGCAGAUCUUAAAUGUUAAUAGACCAUAUACUUUGAG